ACGGAAACACGAAAAAAUCAGAAAUCCCCAAAUCGAAGAAGAAGGUAACACUUUGAUCAUCUCAUCUUCAAGAAGAAGACUCUUCGUUUGUAUCUUGCGUAAUGCGAUGUGCGAAGACCUUGAUUCUCACUUCAAUUUCUCGUUUCUUGAAGCGAUCGGCGAGUUAUGGCGGUGGACGGUGACGGAACUGACGGAGGUGGUGGUUCUCAACCACCGGGGAAAAAUGCGGCGGAGAAGGAUAUGGAGGUGCGUAUCCCGACGCUGAGUCAUUUUCCUAUCAACGAUCACGUUUCUGAUGACUACGAAGAUCUGGAUUCGGAAUAUAGCUCACUCGUAUUAAGAUCGUUAGAGAAGUACUUACCGACGGAAAUACUCACGGCGAACAGAGACGAGAAGGCCAAAUUCAUGUCAGGAAUCUUGCGCAAGUACAUUUCACCCAGAGAGUGUAUGAAAGUUAAUUGGCUCAAGAGCUAUAGGCAGAAGAUAAUAUCCAAAUAUCGGGUGAGGAGAAGCCUUUUCUCCCACGUUUCUUUUUGGUUUUAUUUUGAUCCCGAAAUGUUUUUCCUUCCUGCUUUCCUGAAGGUGGUCAGACGCAUCAUGUCUGAACCAUUUCCCGGUCUGUUUGUCUUUCAAAUGUUUCAGCGUGACUUCUUUGAGAAAUUGAUAGUAGAGGCAGAAAAUUUCAGUAACUGGGCUCAUGAGAAUAAAUUCCCGAUCAGGAGACCGUACAACAAGAGCAAAUGCAGUGUUGUGCUUGAAGACUUUGGCCUGGGCAUCAUGCUUGACAAAAUCAUGCAGGAUUUUAUCUUUCCUCUUUGCAAAGGCAAGUCUAUAUUAAAAUGCAUUCAAACGACUUUUCUUGUAUUCUUCCCUGAUGUGUGUGGAGCAAUGUUCGACGCUCGCCAUGGAUUUUAUAUGGAGACUGGUGAAGAUAAGGAAGCUGAAUUAGGCUUUCAUGUGGAUGAUUCAGAUAUUACAUUGAAUGUUUGCUUGAGGAAACAAUUUGAGGGAGGGAAAAUGUUAUUCGCAGGCACACGAUGCAAUAAACAUAUGGAUGCAGAGAUAAAGCCAUAUGAGGUUUAUCAUUACAAUAAUACACCGGGUCAAGCUAUACUUCACCGCGGCCGCAACUGCCACGGUUCCAGAGUCACAGCAACACCUGGUUAUCGGGCCAAUAUGGUUCUUUGGUACAAAAGCUCUUUGUGUACAGAGAUGGAAACAUAUCAGAAAGAAUUCAGAGACUGGUGCAGUCAAUGUACUCGUGUAAAGAAAGAAAAGGAAAACGAGAUUCUUGCUGCCAAAAGACAGGAGAUGAUCAGAAUAGAGAUUGGACCCAACGGUCGUCGAUGAAACAUAAUACAGCUUAUAGUUUGGUCAAGAAACCCUGCCUGAAGUAUUUGUCAAGCCCCUAAUAUACAGCUUACUUUACUUGAGAAACUGAAAAUAUGUACAGAAUCAUUUGAUAUAAAUAGAGCUCCUUUUAUCCUUUUGAUAUAUAAUUUUGCAGUAAAUGUGGGUUUGAUCAUUGAUGUAAAAAAAAUUUGAAAAAGUAUAGCAAACUUUUUUAUAGCUUAUAAAGAGUCAUUUCUCUUCA